AUAUUAAUGAUUUUUUUAAUAUAUACACGGUAUUUUUUAUUCCUAUCAAGGGAGAGAAUUAUUACUUUCUUUCUUUUUCUUUUUUUUAAGUUCGGGUUCGAUAUUUAUCAUUGGCCGGAAGUUUACAACAAGAACUCGCACGUUGGAAUUUGUUUUGUUGUGGAAUGUUCAAGAAUUUUAUACUCCAACCAUGAAUUCAGACGGCAGCCACGUUCUUUUAUCUGUAGAAGCAGAAGCUUAUGUCGAACAUUUAGUGAAAUUUGGCAUAAAGGAUAUAGGAGGAAGAAGUUGGAGCAGGCAACAUGAGAACAUGGAGAAGCUGAACAUGCAGGCUGUUCUGAAUGCCACGGCUCAGGAGGACGAAUUCAUCAAGGAUUUCCUCAUCUCCUGCGGCAAAGUGGAGGUUUUGGUCCAUGAUCUAAUAUUAACAGAAGUUUGGAAAGAGAAGGUAUUCUCAGAGCUUGUAAAUAUGGACUUUGAGCCCAAGACUACUUUUCCUCUAUACAUGGUGCUGUACCACGAAGCCACAGCUGUCAAUCUGCUAGAAACCACCAUGUUCUACCGGGAGACCUGCGAGUCAGCCGAGGACAGCAUGGCGGAUCUUGUAGAUUACUGUUACAGACGCCUCACACAGCUAGUGACCAGUUCUGAGAAUGCUGAUGAAGAUGAAGAGAUGAAUGAUCCAAAGCUGUCCCCGGAAACUCACAGCGGCAACCUGGAGGAGCUGCAGAAACAGGAGAAGAAAUUGAAUUUUGAAAUUUGUAUGAAAUCUGUCUCCCUUCUGCGGUACAUCACAGACAAUUUGGACAGCUUACCUCUUAGUGUGAUGACCCGGAUGUUGAAUACGCUGGACAUCCCUAUUCUGUUGGUUCAGCUGUUAGAAACACCGCCUUGGACCAGAAGGAAAGAUGCAAAAAUAUAUAAGUUCAUUGACAGUAAGUGGCAGGAGUUGGACUACCAAGAGAGUUUUAAAAUCACAAAGAUUGAGGGGCAGAUUUGGCUAGCUCUGUACACACUGCUGAUGAAUGGGAAAUGUCAACAAAAAUAUGACCUCAAUACAAAUAGGAAAAACAGCAUUCUUAAGUUGAGGUCCUAUCUGACUGAAGUUAUGUUGGACCAACUUCCGAUCCUAGUGGAAAUGCAGAGAUAUCUUGAACAGCUUUCAAUGAUGGACAUCCCUGCCCCCUCCAGGGAACUUAUCCUAGAACAGGUACCUGAGGUUAGGGAAAACAUUCUCAUGGAAAACAAAGGAAAGUGGAAAAAGAUUGCUAAGAAACAGUCCCAGACCUACUUCAACCCCUCAGAUAGUGAUGUCAAGGCCCAGGCAAAACGAUGGGCCGACACGUACAACUUUGACGUUUUGGAGGGACUACUAACGGAGCCCCCUAAGUGUGCCGUGUGUGGGGCGGAGGCCACCAAAAGAUGUUCACGCUGUCAGAACGAGUGGUACUGUAGGAGAGAAUGCCAGGUUUCCCACUGGAAGAAGCACAAGACUGCAUGUGAUCUCAUAGUUGAGACCACGGAAUCUGUGAAAGCUAAAGGAUAACGAGGACAGCCAGAACAAGGGAGAUAAUUUAUUUUCUGAAAACGAACUCAUGUUUACCACAAGUUCCAUCAUCAUUUCUGUGAAGCAUGCAUGAUACAGAAGAAGAGAGACUAAUGUGAUUACAUGUGUAGAUGAUAACUGUGUGCCGUAGUCUACUUCAGUGUACAGAUCAUUUCUUGUUAAUGACGUGUACAGAUCGUUUCUUGUUAAUGACUUGUACUUGUUAAUGACGUGUACAGAUCGUUACUUGUUAAUGACGUGUACAGAUCGUUACUUGUUAAUGACGUGUACAGAUCGUUACUUGUUAAUGACGUGUACAGAUCGUUACUUGUUAAUGACGUGUACAGAUCGUUACUUGUUAAUGGCGUGUACAGAUCGUUACUUGUUAAUGACAUGUACAGAUCGUUACUUGUACAGUCGAACAGCCAAGCUGGGAUGUCCAAGCUACGUACAUAUUGUACGUUCUGUUGAGAAGUCAAACUCUCAAUUCUUCAUGAUGUGCAGUAAUUUAUUGAAAAUAGAAUUGAUAUUUACGUGAAUUAUAUUUUAUUCAUUUUA